GGUGUCGUUCGAGUGCAAGGUGGUGGGCUACCCAACGCCGCUGCUGCGCUGGUUCAAGGAUGGACAGGAGCUGAAGCCUGGUGACGUGUAUCAGCUCAGUGGCACCAACUCAUUAGGCGUGUACGCGUGUCUGGCGAGGAACUGCAUGGGCACGGCCGAGUCAACGGCCGAGCUGACACUGGCCGACAUCGAGAACCAGCUGACGGAGGAGGAGCGGUGCAAGGUGUGCCAGGGACAGCUGCCGCCCCGCUUCACCCAGGGCUUGCUGCCCGAGACGGUGGUCAGCAUCGCCGACAGGCACCGCUUCACUAUCGAGGUGGCGUCGUACCCGGAGCCCGACGUGGCGUGGUUCCGGGAGGAGGAGCCCGUUCAGACCAGCGAAAUGGUCACUCUGAGCCGGGGCGCACCGGGGAAGUAUCACCUGGAUCUGAAAACCGUACAGCUGGAGGACCAGGGCGAGUGGAGGUGCGUGGCUACCAACCCGGUGGGCCAGGCGGUCACCACCGGCCGUCUGACGGUCAACCGACCGCGGCACUAUAAGGCGCCCUACUUCCUGGAGCCGUUGCGGGCCUCGCUCACCGAGACCGGAACUGUCAACUUGCAGUGCAAGGUGGUGGGGACACCGCAACCGGCUCUCAAGUGGUACAAGGACGGCCACGAGCUGAAGGCGGGGGACAUCCACCGGAUCACGUCCGGCGGCGACGGCACCUGCUGCCUGGGCAACUACACGUGCGAGGCUUUCAACUGCAUGGGUUCCGCCACGUCGUCAGCGGCUCUGCUCGGCCUCGAAGAGAUGAAGCGCCUGACGCGAGACCACGGGCCGCCGGCGGCCCCUGUGAUGCCGCCGCACGAGCCGUUCGGCGUCGUCCGCAACCCAUCCCUGUCCACCAUCAACGAGGAGAGGACGUCCCAGAUGAUGUCGCUGUUUGGCACACCGCAGGGCACCGACACUUACCUAACUCCGAUGCUGGAUGGCUCAGUGGUGUCGGUGGUCGUGGACGGACGCGAAGUGUCAGCCUCCGUGUUCGGCACCGGCGAGAUCAGCCUGCAGCAGGUGCACGACAUUCUGGAGGCCUACAGCGAGCACCUGUCGGAAGGCGCCGUCAGCCCCGCGGCGAGCGGUGGCGGCGCGACCGACGCUGCUGAGGUGCCCUCACUGCGCGUGCUCGCCGCGCAGGCCACCUCCGGUAACGUGCAGCUGGGUGCCACCGUCAUCGACGUCUCGCUACUACCGGCUGAUCAGGUGCCGCCGGCGCCAGCCGAAGAAGACGCGCGCACCGAGGCCGAGGUGGAGGAGCUGCACACCGACCGGCCCGCAGCAGUGCCGGUGUCGGACGGCUCGUCGCGCUCGUCGCGAAAGCGGCGCGCCGUGCGGAGCGAGACGCGCCCACUGGACGUCGAGAAGCUCGGCGUCGCGCUCGACGCUGUCGACGGCGGCGCCGGCGGCGGCUCGGCGGCGGCCGAAACCAUGUCGACGGCGGACUCGUCGUUCCACACGGCGGACGCCAUGGAGCCGUCGUACGCUUCGGACGACCCGACGUCGGGACAGAUCACACCCGUGCCCAUCGAGGAGGUGUUCGACUUUGGGCCGCAGCCGGACGACGCCCGAGUGCCAUCUGCUGCCGGGAUGCACGAGGAGCUUGAAAAACCACUGCCAGAGCGAGAGUGGAGUCCGGUCUUUUUUGGAGGGGAGGAGAUUGACCUGAUGGAUGACAGGGUGGGAGAUGGCGCGCUCGAGAUGCCCGCCCCCACGCUGGACGAGCAGCUGAGCCGGUACAUGUUCGAGGAACCUGCACCAGCGGAACAGCCUGCCUCCGACCUCCUCCAGCCGCCGACGGGACCCAUCAGCCGGCGACCUCUGCUCUUGUCGCCGGCCGUCUCCCAGCAGAGCGACGGCUCCGACCGCGGCUGGUCCUUUGACGAGGAGCCCUCUCCGGAGGCGUACGAGUCGCACCUGGCCGCCCAGGCGUCGUGGCCGUCAUGCACGCCGUGGUAACGGGCGAGCACCUUCCGGACGAGUA